AUGAUACGAGAUGAGGAACAUGCCCAGAAGGGCUUCAUGUUAGCCUGUGGCUUCUAUGUGGUGGAUGGCAGCCCUUGUUCUGUCUGUAGCAGGGAUCUGCAGUCGCGGGCAGAAGCACCGGCCACGUGGUCCCUCCUUUUGGCCAGUGCAAGUGGGACAGAAGAUGGUACGGUGGAAGCCUGCCAGCCCCGGCGGGAGAAGCGCACCAGAUCCAACCACAACGAGCUCCCCCAGCACAGCCCUGACGAUAAUUGUCUCCCAGUUGUCCUGCUGGAAAGCACCCUGGAGCUGGAGGCGUUGGCGGCAAAACAGCACGUCUAG